AUGGAACUCAAUUGGAAUGAUGCUGCACUCUGCAGCCAAUUUGCUUGUGGACUUCACUGGGAGGUCCAAAGACAAGUUGCCACAAGGGAAAGGCAACCAUGUACCCUGGGGGAGCUGCAAGAUGCUGCCCUCAUCAUUGACAAUGCCCUCCAUGAGGAACAUACCAGCCACCCACAACAGGGUAAUAAGUCUGGCAAAUCCUUAUCCACCCCCAAUUGGGGGGGAAGUACUGGUCAACAGGCCACCAAAACUGGUCCCCUCUCCUCCAAUCCCAACUAUAAGGCCUCUGUCAAAUGCAGCAAAGUAGGCCACAAGUAUGCCAAAUGCCAGACCAGAUGGAAGGCCACCCCUAAGGAGGAUAAGGGGAAGGCUAAAGAAUCCACCAAGAUUGGCAAAGAAUCCAAGUACCAAUCAGGAAAGAAUCUCCCUGUACCCUACACCAUAACCAUGCUUGAUGGGUCAUGCCCCCAGGCUGGCAAAAUUUGGAAGAAGACAAACCUUACCUUCUCCUUUGAUGGCAAGAAAAUAACAGAAACCUUCCUCAUUUGCAAUACUGGUUCCCAUGCUGCUAUCUUGGGAUUGAAAUGGCUGGAUGCCUACAACCCAGAAAUUGAUUGGAACAUGCACACACUUUCCUUUUCACAUACACCCCCAGAACAGGUAACCAUUGCUGAAGAAGAGGAAGCCAACAAAGACCCACUGAAGAGAGUACCCCCUGAGUACCACCAAUAUGCCAAGGUAUUUGGGGAAGAAGAGCUCAACAAGCUUCCCCCUCACUGGCAUUACAACAUUGAGAUAGAACUCACAGAAGAUGGCCCACUCAGCUCCCCCUUGGACAAGCUCAAGGCAGGGAAGAUACAGCCUAGUAAAUCCUCUAUCAGUUCCCCCAUGAUGUUUGUACCCAAAAAGGAUGGUUCCUGUUGCUUGGUUGUUGAUUACUGCUGCCUUAAUAACCAGACUAAGAAUAAUGUCUACCCCCUGCCACACCCUGACAAUCUGAUGGCCCAGCUCUGUGUCAAGGAGGGCAACAGAUGGAAGACAAAAUUCUGGACCAAGUAUGGUCUUUACAAGUCCCUAGUCAUGACCUUUGAAUUGACCAAUGCCCCUGCUGUGUUUCAACAUUUUAUGAACAAACUAUUUAAAGACCUCCUGGAUGUAUGUGUCAUCAUCUACCUUGAUGACAUCUUAAUCUAUUCCAAGGAGGAGGCAUCCCACACCAAACACAUUCAUGAAGUCUUGUGGCACUUAAUGGCAAACCAAUUAUUCUGCAAGGCAUCAAACUGUUUUAGCCUGGAUAAGCUCAAAAUCCAGGCAGUCCAGGAUUGGCCACUGCCCACAAAGGCCAAGGAAGUCCAAUCAUUCCUACACUGA